GUUGGAAAUUGGACAUUGGUUCCUUUAAAUAAAUAAGUUCUUGUUGGAAUCUUCUCCUUCCUGAAAUAGGUUCUUUUUCUUUCUCUUGAGGAAUUUUCUUUCUCUCUUGCUGAAGACCAUUCUCCAUUGGAGUAAGGCAAUGUUUUCACAGGUUUGCCUUCUUUUACCUCGGCUGAUUUUUUUAAAACCCUGCUGAAUUCACAGAUACACCGGGGGGAAGAAGCCUGUGAAGAAGCUACAGCCACUGUGAGUGUUCCAGGAUUUGCUUCUUUGCUAAGGUUACAACCACAUUCUCCUAACGCUUGACAAGCAUGGAUGAUUUCAACAGUUGUCUUUAUAAUAUUGGGGAAGAGCUGGAUAGCAAAGAGGUGGCCUCCCUCAAGUUCCUGAGCCUGGAUUACAUCCCGCCAAAGAAGCAGGAACCCAUCAAGGAUGCCUUGGCAUUAUUCCAGAGACUCCAGGAAAAAAGAAUGUUGGAGGAAAGCAACCUAUCCUUCUUGAAGGAGUUGCUUUUUCGAAUUGACAGAUGGGAUCUGCUGAAGAAACAUCUGAACACUGAUAAGGAGGAGAUGAAGCAGGAGCUUCAGAUACCCAGCAGGGCCCAGAUCUCUGCCUACAGGGUCAUGCUUUUUCAGAUUUCAGAAGGAUUAGAUGACCCCAAAGUGAAGGAAUUUAAGUUUUUUUUGCAUGAGAAGAUCCCAAAAUGUAAGCUGGAUGAUGACAUGAAUCUGUUUGAUGUUUUCAUAGAAAUGGAAAAAAGGGUCAUCUUAGGGAACAGAAACUUGGACUACUUAAAAUUUAUCUGUGACCGUAUCGACAAGAGCUUGUUGAAGAUAAUCAAUAAUUAUGAAGAACUGAGCGAAGAUGCAAGAAUGAGUCUUGAAAGAAACCCAGAUGAACUUUCAAAUGAGGAGCCCCAGUUGCUCACAGGACAGAGGUCCUUUGCAAUGCUGGCAAUGUCCGACUCUCCGGGACAACAGGACAGUGACACACAGACAUCAGACAAAAUUUACCAAAUGAAAAGCAAACCUCGGGGAUACUGUUUGAUCUUUAACAAUUAUGACUUCAGCCAAGCACGUGAGGAUGUGCCCAAACUUUAUAAGAUGAAGGAUAGGACUGGAACAAAAUUGGAUGCAGUGGCUUUGGAGGAGACCUUUAAUCAUCUUCAUUUUGAGGUAAUUAUAUACAAUGACUGCACAGCAGAGAAAAUCUGUGAAACUCUGAAAACCUACCAACUCAUGGAUCACACUAGCAAGGACUGCUUCGUUUGCUGCAUCCUCUCACAUGGAGACAAAGGCAUCAUCUAUGGCUGUGAUGGGCAGGAAGCCUCCAUCUGUGAUCUGAUCUCUUACUUCACUGGUUCCAAAUGCCCUUCCCUUGCAGGCAAACCCAAAAUCUUUUUUAUUCAGGCUUGUCAAGGAGAAAACUACCAGAAAGGUAUAGUUGUUGAGACUGACUCUGAACAGAAUGAAGGCUAUUUAGAAAUGGAUUCAUCACUUCAGAUGAGAUAUAUCCCAGAUGAAGCUGACUUUCUGCUGGGGAUGGCCACUGUGAACAACUGUGUUUCCUACCGAAACCCUAUGGAGGGGACCUGGUAUAUCCAGUCACUUUGUCAGAGCCUGAGAGAACGAUGUCCUAGGGGUGAAGAUAUUCUUACCAUCCUCACCGGAGUCAACUAUGAAGUGAGCAAUAAGGAUGACAAAAAAAAUAUGGGGAAACAGAUGCCACAACCUACUUUCACACUGAGGAAAAAACUCUUCUUCCCUCUUAAUUGACCAUAUUGUUUAGUUGUCUAACACUAUGCUUAAUUUAUUUGCUUAAGAUAUAGGUUGUUUGCUUUUUAAUUUUUUUUUUUGCAUGGUCAGAAAGGGAAAGAAUGGGAAUUAAUAUAACAAUUUAUAUGUAAAUUCAAGACCAAAUUUCUGCCUUUAGGAUAUAAUUAAAGAUUUAUAGCUAUAGGCAUGAUUUUAAUUGUAUUUUUAAUUCAGUAUUAAAGUGUAAGAAAACUUAUAAUUGAUAUAAAAUGUAUAGUUAAAAAGAAAUAUAGCACAGAAAAAUUUAAAAACAUCUGCAGAAUGUUUUUCACAUAUCUCUCAUCUGCUUUCCACCCAGAAUCAUUUAUUUCCCUUCAAAUUGUUAAGUUUUUUUUUUAAUUAAGGACGUAAUUCCAAAACUUUAGCCUUGAACAUAGGGUUAACGGUGGACUAGAGAUUUCAUAAAGCACAAGAGGGGAGAAGGAGAUAAAAGCCUCCUUGAGGCUUCAGAAUAAAUGAAUGUUGUCAAAAUAUUGGGAAACAGUAAAUGUCAAGAAAACCUCAAACCCCCACCCUUUCCUAAAGGGCUGAGUCCUCCCUCACUCUGGGUUCCUGCAAGCAUUUGCUGUAAUUCCACUCUGGCUUACUGUGGGUGAUUUUAUAGGCCAGAAUCAGAGCUACAGGGUGGUAUGCAGGAAAUGUCAGUGGCCCUUAAUUAAAGGACACUGGUGGAGAUUUUUGUGACCUGACUCCUAAAAAAACCCAAUAGGUUGAGGUUCAGGGUGUAAUGCACUCACGCUAAGCAAUCCCAGAAACAUGUGCGGUGUGCCUCCUCUCCUGAAUCUGAAGAUCAUGCUUUUCAGCAGCAAGACUCUGUGUCUCUGUUUAGACUUAGAUUUCAUAAAACCUGGAGGCAAUUUUCUGUGUUUUAAUUAUUCAUAAGUCCACCAUUAGGCCCACUUAAUGAGAUAAUAACUUUUUGGUUUGUUUUCUAAAUUUUUUAAAAUUGAGGUAACACUGGUCUAUAACAUGAUUUAGAGGUUAACAUUAUUUUUAUACUUUCACCCUUCCCUUUUCAAGAUGUCCUUAACACUAAUGUAUAGUUUGCCUUGAAAAUUCAAAUUGGGAGUCUAGUUUCUAAGUUAAAUCUUGAAAAAUUUAAAAUGUUUUAUAAGUUAUUUAAAUUGUAUUUCCAAACUUCCUUUUUAGGCUUUUCUUUUGCUCUUUUAUAAUAUUUACCUGCUUCUGUACAUAUA